AUGGAACACUUUGGAAAUCGUUCAGCAGGUCAGGGGCAACAGCAUGUCUACAAUGCAUCAACCUACAAUCUUUAUCCUAAUCAGCCACCGUACAUUGCCGGUGAAAUGGAAUGGUACCCACUUGAAACCACAAAUGCACCUCAUCCCUACAGUGAUCUGAUUCCUGGCUAUGUACGGAUUAAUAUUAAAACUGUAUGUAAGGUCGAUGAUCAUGAUCAUAAUACCGGAUUUACCAGUUUCUGUGGGAAAAUAUGGGAAAAACGUUACACUUGCGACAUUCGCGACUCCAAAUUUGAUGAAUACUAA